UGGAUGUGUGUUCCCUUCUAUCUUCUCUACCUUCUCGUUGGCGUGUAGUUGUUGCUAAGGACAACCAGAGAGCGUCUGUAAAGCUGUACACAAAACUGAGAAAGGCAUGGGACACCCAGAGAACUUGUUUAUUUAUCUGACUUUAAAGUUUUGAUUGUCACAUUGAAAUAAUUUGUUGCUUGGCAGUAAUUACGCGUAGUUGUUAAAGUAUUGUGAAAGUAUUUGCUUUUUAAGUUAAUUUAUUUACUAAAACUAUUGUCUUAAGAUAACUCGACGUGCCGGUAGGAUUUGAAAAAUAUUACGUUUUUUUUCUUUCUUUUUUUUCUUUUUCUUUUUCUUUUUUUUUUUUUUUUUUUACAGUUGAAAUCCAGGGAUAGCUAGCGGUACAGAGCCGUAAAGUGGUUUAUAAACAUAACAUUUUAGUGGGUGGAAAUGCCUAAAAAAGUAAAAAGUCCAACUUCAUCUGUAGGCGCUGCGGUAACAGGUGGGAAACAAGGAUGGGAGUCUGGGCUCAUUGGAGCACAAUUUGAGGAGGACUGUUGGAAGGUCAAUGUUUCUUUUGUUGUUGGUGAGAAUUUGGAAGAUGAAAUAUACAUUAAGGCGCUCCUGCCACCUGUGCAACAACCUUUGCGGAAGCUGUUUAGUGUGGUGUCAUGGGAUGGAAUGCUGCAAAAGGUCAAUGAACUAGGAAACCCAAAGGUGAAGAAAUCGAAGGAUUCACCAUUGUAUUAUGAGGUGACAGAGGUUGCAAAACUACUUCUCGAUGCAGGAGAAGAGCUGCCUCUCAUCCUUGUCGGAAAACUACUGAAAUUUUUGUUGUUGGCAACAAAACAGUAUGACCUGCAAAGAAGAGUAGCUGAAAAUAAAGUUGCAGAACAGCUGGCCAAGGGAAAGACUGCAGCCCCUUCAGUGAAGGAUAAAUCUCAAACUAAAUCACCUGGGAAAGGGGACAAAGGGAAGAAAGGUCCUGAGCUAGCUGCAGUGAAGAAGGACACCAAACUCAAACUAAGAGGAGAGGAAGAAGACACCAGUAAAUGUAUAGAUGAUGAGCCAGAUGACGGUCCCCACCACUAUAUUCUUGUUGUGGGCUUCCACCACCCUCAACUCCUGGUCAUGUUGGCUGAGCUGGGGGUUUAUGUGUCCAAUGUCAUUAAAAUAACCUCGGAAAGCUAUGAGUCUCUAUUGACACAUGAGGAGAGUAUGAGUAUUCUUCAAGCAGAUUCUAAACUUGUGCCAGAGGUUCUUGAAGCCCAGAAGCUGAACAAGGAAAAAGAAACUAAAUCCCUAAAGAUGUUUUGGAAGUAUCUGGAGCCUGUGUUAAAAAAUAACAAGUUUGACUCUCAACUUUCUGAUACUGCCCGUCUCCAUUAUGUGGUGAAGGAGUCUAUCUUACCCCAGGAGUGGAACAACAAUGCAAUGAUGCUUUGUUUUGGAACCACGAUGUUCGAAGAUAUUGCAUGUCUGAUUUAUGAUUCCCUUGAUUGGAGAAGGCAACAUCAGAACUAUCUCAAAAAUAUGAAACUAAUCAAUGUUCCAGCAGUAUCUAAAGGAGGUCAGCAAAGACAGCUCCCCAGUGCUGAGGAUCAGUCUGUCAUCUCAGCAGCACCCACACCAACUGGAAAAAAGAAAGCAAUUGCUGAAGAUAUUCAGCCACCAGUACAAGAGACUUGUAUCCUAACUACUGAAGUCGAUAUGAGGUGUUACAACGACUUCUUGAGCCUUAUUCCUCCUGAGUGUGUGUCUGUCCCUUUAAUUCUUCACUGCAUGCUGGAACAGGUUGUUGCAACAGAAGAAGAUAAACCUCCACUGAGUGAAGGAAUCUCAAAACCACGUGCUGAUGGAUUGGACCAGAGCAUUGUGAAUUAUAUGAUGUCAAAUGUGCUGAGUCUCGCAAUCUCAGAGGAGGAAAGGAAGAAACUACAAGAAGACUUUGAUAUUCAAAAACAGAAUCAUAAAAAAGAACCAAAAUACCCGCUGCUCCUGAGCUGUCACGAUGAAAUAUCUCUGAGAUUACAUCAACUUGCUCAGUUCCAGGAUGGUUUUGAUCCAGUAAAAGCUGAACCACAGAUGCUUAGACUACUGCCAGUGGCAAAAUUCCUCACUGUACCACAGCCUUCAACUGAAAACAAGAAACGAUUGGCCAGAAUUCAAGAGCUCAUUCAUUUCUGUACAGAUGAGUCUGUUAGUUGGUCAGAGUUGGAAAGAGUCUUUAACCAGUUUGGGUUUGAGAGCAUGAAGCUUACUGAGGUGGGUGAGGAUGGUGAACUCAUGAUGGCAGGAUCUGAGUUUGAUGACUCAAGUUGCAUACCAUGGGACGAUCCUGUCGGAUUCGCCAAGAAGAUGAAAACUAACUUUACUCUGAAAAAUAUAAAUGAAGUAAAGAAAAACAAAGAUUAUGAUAGAAACUCCACAGGUUUGCUACAUAGUUCACAGAGAGAGGGUCGAAUGCGACAGUCGUCGUCACAGAGCUCUGUGUACUUUGAUAACCGCGAGAAAGGAUCAGAGGCUUCUUUGAUGAAGGAAUGGAAAGAAAAAUGUCAGUCCUUCCAGGUUGAUAUUGAGGAAAUACAGAAAACCCAAGUUCGAUCUUUGAGAGACUGGUGCUUUGCUGAGCACUAUGAUCAAAACAUAUUUAUUCAGAUUCUCCAGAAUGCUUCCCAGAUGUAUCAAUGCACUGAUAUGUUCGAACGCACACAGGAUAACUCACUUUUCUUGGUCUUCCACAAUCCCAUGAAUCACCAGCAAAAGAGUCAAGAACAAUGGGAUAUGGCUCUUCACUCUGAUAUUCGGUUCAGAAACUAUUUAGAACAUGUUGCAGACUCAAUUUCUGAAUGGGUAAAAGAGGAGGAGAUCAAAUGGCAAGCAGACCAAAAAAAGAUGGAAAGUGAGAAAAAAUCAAAGACAUCCCAUGAUGCCUUAUUAAAAUCUAAACCAACCUCGUCAAAAAACAAGAAAACUCCACCUCCAAAAAAGGCUGCCAGUGAAAAAGGCACUCCCAGACCAGCCAGCAAAGCAGAAAGUGUCCAGGAACCCCAACCAGUACAGGGCCCUAUUAUGCGUGAGGGAUCCCUUAAGGCAUGGAAAGAAGAGCAGGACCGACUGAAAGAGGAAGAAGCUGCAAAGCUAUUAAAGAAAGAAAUGACAAAAUCUGACAAGAAGGGGAAAAGAGGAAGCAAAGAUAGGUCGGAAUCCACUGACAGCAAAAUAACCCUAUCUUCUCAAAAGAAAUCCCCGAGGGUUAAAAGCAAAGAACCACUUAAAACCCCAGAGCCCAAUGUUACUUCGGUUCCUGAUAAUAUCGAUUCUGUGCCACCUGAAAAACUACCGCCUUUUACUGGCUACAAUAUGGGUAACACUCUGAUUCAAGUUUCUGGGAAGGUCCAAUCCCUGUUUCCAUCUGAUGGCGGACAGAUUAAAGUGGAAAGUAUAAAUUACGUCCAAGGUUUGUCAUUGAUUGAGGUGAGCGUGAUGAAAGACAGACACUGCUUUUUCAUCCACAUCACUGAUCCAAGGAAGGACUUGGAGGAUGAGGACAAAGAUGGAGAAGUCCCUGCAGAAAUGAAGAAACAGAUGAAACGUGUCAGCAAGUUUGGUUCCUUUUCAGCUGUUUUGGCCAGUGGAAUAAAUCUGUCUUUCAGCAACUAUGGACCUUCUGGAGAAGGGAAAGAUAACGAAGACCCCGACCUGGUUUCCAUGUUGAACAUUCCCUCUGCCUGCACCACUUCUGUACCCCCUACUACUAAUCCCCCUGCUGCUACCCCAGUGAAGAGAGCCAAAUCCCCCAAGGCUAAGUCCCCCAGGGCCAAAUCACCAAGGGCCAAGUCCCCCAGGCUGAAGUCUCCGCAGGGUAGGGGAACCACUUCAUCACCCCCGACAACAGCCGAGACUCCAAGGAAUGAAGAACCAAAGGUGGAGAUUGAGCCAUCUCUCUCAGAAGUCAAUGCAGAACUUGUCCCAGAACUCCCUGAUUUCCAGUCCCUGAAUGUGUCCUGUCCCAAUGGCCUAUUAGUGAACUUCUUCAGUGAACAAACACUAGGUCUGAAGAGUGAGGUACUGCAAUGCUCUCACAAAAUCCUAGUAAGGCAGAGGUAUCCAGUACAGCACAUUAGUCCCUGUGAGUCUGAGAAGAAGAGUCUUUCUCUGAUGGAUGAGGUGUCCAGAGUCAUUACAAGCCAAGGAACUGUAAUCAAGUACAUGAAGGAUGGAUCCACCCAGGUUCUUUUUGCUGAUGGUACCGUGAGUAAAAGCCCAGAUUCGGGGCCCAUUCUCAAGCCUCCCACGGCUCCUCAGCCACCAUGCCCAGAACCCAAGCCACAAGACAGUGCUCUUAACACUAAAGAGCAUAAAUCUGAGACAAACGAGCCCACAGACAAAAAAGGGAAGCUUGUCCACAGAAACAGUGUUGUUGCGGUUAAGACAGAGUUGGUUGAUGCCAAUGUCUCAGACGUCAAGCAUUUAGUGGGGGGCCUUCCUGAAUCCCCAGCUGGAACCUGGGUUACCACCACACCAUCUGGCCUGAGGGUGGCAACCAAAGGAGAGGAAAAGGUUCAAAUCAAACAUGCUCUUGCUUACAAGGCCACAGACCCAGUCAAUGAAGUGACUAUGAUAACCCGAGAAGAUAAAGUACUGACUGUGAUAGGAAAUGAUGACUAUGUUGCUGUGGAGCAUGCUGAUGGGACAAGAAUCACUACCUUUAACCAGGAUGUUGAAAUCCCAGGCUCCAUGGACCAUGAUGAGACAGGGGAAGAUCCACUCACAGUCUCAAAAAAAGUGAAAUUUGUUCAAAUCGAGUGUUUGGGAUUUGCCACCCUCAUAAUGAACAGUAAGGAUGGCACCUGCACUACUGUUUUUGGAGAUGGAUCAACAAUCAUUGCUAACCCCCAAGGAGCCUAUCAGGUCUGUCCACCAAGCUCUGGGUGUCUUUGCAUUGAUAGUGAUGGCAGUGCUGUGUACAACUGUAAACCAAAUGAUAGAAGCAUGACCCUUAGUGGUACAAACUUGGAACUACAACCUUGCAUUUACACUAUGCGUCACACCACAGAGGUUAUUUGUGAGGUUAUGGAUCCAGAAGGCAACCUUUUCCAGGUAAUGGUGGAUGGAAAAACAUCAACUUUUAUCUCCAACACUGAAGCGGGUGCAGAAGAGGAGGUGGAAGACUUGCUACAAGAACAGACUUUAAAGUAUAACCCUGUGACUUAUAAAGAACAUGCACCAAGGUUUUUCAUUGUCCAUGCUGAUGGUUCUGGUACUGAACUGUUGCGAUCCAGAGAUGUGGAAGAUUACCUGUCACAAUGCUUCACUGACCCGGCUAUAGCAGUGCUCAAGGAGCCACUGCCGGAUUUCCAAGGUGUUUAUGGAAUUACUGUUCUCCAUCCAUGCACUGAGGAUAUCUGGUCCCACUGGUUAAUAAAAAAGGAAAUAGAGAACAUUAUUCCUCCAAAUCUUAAGUCUAGGGAAUGGGACCACUUUCCAUCAACUGAGAAGAAGACCCCUGGGCCUCCAUUUGGCACAUCCAUUGGAAAGGGUCUUAACAUACAAGAAAGGCCAGCAUCUGCUCAUACUGUCCCUAUAUUAAAGUGCCCUAAAGUGCUCAAGACCCGUCAGCUUAUCCAGUAUACACCCGUGAGCAACUUGCUGCGGAGAAAGAUGGAACAGUCCCUUAAGGGCUACAUUGACCACAUACUAAGAAAAGAUUAUGAGUUUGAUGAAAUGAUGGUUAAAGAUCCUAGAACAGAAGAGGAAAGAGUCCAUGCUACUGACUUGCUCAAGCUUGUUUUGUCUCUCCCAGAUUCCAAUGAACCGGUAGAUCUUGGGGACGACAGAAAAGGCAAUGUUGAUAUAGCUUCACUCUACGAGCAAGCAAUUACCAUUCCAUCCACCACACCACCAGAAAAACAAACUUGGCCUGAGUGCUCAAAAGAAAUUUGGGAAAGAAACAGCUGGGAGGAAGUAAAACAGGAAUCUAACUGGGCAGGGAGAUUAGAACAGUGCAGACAGGAGAAGCUUGAAGAAAUGAAAUGCAGAGUGGCAUUGAAGAACAGAACAAUCCCACCAUAUUUUGAAUCUGAACUGGGUGAGGCAUUCCUGCUUACACAGGUCCCAGAUAUGGAAUCUCUAACCAAGCAACUUCCACCGUUCACAAAGAAAAACAAGACAUUCUCUGAUUCCCUUAGUAAAGCUCCUACAGCUGAACCAGGCGUGAACAAGGCAGAGAGACCCUUUAACCCAACCCCAAGUCGUGCAGGAGGAAGUGACAAUUCAACACAAUCUGCAGCAGAGUAUCCCGAUAUGGCAUCAAGAUCAAAGCUUGAUCCAAUGAGCUCCAAGCUGGAGGGCAUGCAUUCUGAGGGAGGUGAUGUCAACCUGUACCAUAGUUUAAAGGUGGAUGCGGCCAGGCAGUCAAGGAAGGAGAAAGUGAAACUCCCAUCCGCUAUUCUCGGCUCCAAACCUGGAGGUCUGCCGAACCAAAAGUUCUUUGAAGUUGAAGAUCCAGUCAGGAGGAAGGUGAAAACUGUAUCUGUUGUCGGCCCGCUGGCGAGCGGUGUAAUGCAGGGUCCUGCCCGUGGAUUUGAGCUCUUCCCAGCAGAAGUGGCGUUUGGGGUGCUGAAGGAAGGAUAUACCUAUUCCUUUACUGUUUCUCUAAGGAAUGUUGGAAUAGAUUCUUGCAGGUUUAAAGUUAACCAACCUCCUCCUAGCACAGGACUAAGAGUGCUAUAUACCCCAGGACCUGUGGCUGCAGGAAUGAAGACAGACCUGCAAAUAGAGCUGUAUGCUAUGGCGAUUGGGCUGGCGAAUCCUGAAGGGGUAGGAUAUAUUGCUCACCACAUACAGAUUCAAACUGAGACGGAGAUCUUCUUUCUACCUGUUACUGCAACAGUUCUAACUGAAAAUGUGUAUGAGAGCAGACCAAAAGAGUAUCCCCAAGGACAGGCAGCAGCUGGAGUCCGCCUUGUUUUAAGCACCCCUUCAUCCAGACUUGGAAUUAUUCGGCCUCAUAGACAAGCAACAGCAGAUUCUGAUAACACUUUCAUAACACAGACUUCCUGAAGUCCAAGUUCCAUAAACAAAGAGAAAUCCCCCACAAACUGAUUAUUGCUAACUGGUAUCUAUGUAUUGUUAAUAAAUUUGAUACCAUUAGAUGGUCUCAGCCAAUCAGGCUGAGUGGUGAAGCUAACAUGGUUUUAAAAUCCUCAUUGUAAUAGCAAGUAAUGCCCAUUGUGUUGAAUGUACUUAUUAACUAAAUAAUAUAUUGAAUGUAGUGCUCCUGAAGUUUGUUCAAAGAACUAAAUUCCUGAUGACCAAAGUUUUAAAUAAAAUCUUAAUGUUUUGACAGUGAUACCAGGCUAUUUUUUUAUGCAUCUCAUCUUAUUACUUUCAUUUCGUAGCUGUCAGUUU